CUUCCUCGCGGUCCCGUGCUCCCUUUCCGUUGCCUCGACGAUAAACAAAAGUAAACAACAGUUUGGCCGCCCCGCCCCCUUGGGCUCGAUUUCUGCUGGAAGCAACCGCCACUUGAACUCUUUCUCCUCUCUCUCUGUUUGCCAAAAUUCUCGUACAAUCAUGUAUACGAAUAAUAGUGGUAAUAGUAGUGAAGGUGAAGUUGAAGUGAAGAGACUGUUUAUAGGAGCAGGUUGCAACAGAAUAGUGAACAACGUCUCGUGGGGAGCCUGUGAUUUGGUUUCUUUCGGUGCUCAAAAUGCCGUUGCUAUUUUCUGCCCCAAGACUGCUCAGAUUUUGAUUACUCUUCCCGGUCAUAAGGCCUCCGUCAAUUGCACCCACUGGAUUCCAAGCAAUAAGUUUGCUUUUAGAGCAAAAUACUUGGAGCAGCAUUUUCUGCUCUCUGGAGAUGCUGAUGGUGCCAUUAUUCUAUGGGAAUUAUCUCUUGCGGACAAAAAGUGGAGACAAGUGUUACAAUUGCCAAAAUCACACAAGAAGGGUGUUACGUGCAUCACUGGAAUCAUGGUUUCUCAAACUGAAGCAAUCUUUGCAUCUACUUCUUCUGAUGGUGCAGUUUAUAUAUGGGAACUAAUCCUCCCUUCUUCUACUGGAGGUGAAUGCAAAUUGUCAUGUCUAGAGACCCUCUUUGUUGGUUCAAAGCCUAUGGUGUCUCUGUCAUUGGCAGAAUUACCUGGAAAUUCUGGGUAUAUAGUCCUUGCAAUGGGGGGACUAGAUAGCAAGGUUCAUCUUUACUGUGGAGAGAGGACUGGAAAGUUUAUUCAUGCUUGUGAGUUAAAAGCACAUACUGAUUGGAUCCGGAGUUUGGACUUCUCAUUACCUAUAUUUAUGGAUGGUGAGGCAAAUAGCAUUCUGCUAGUAAGUUCGUCUCAAGACAAAGGCAUACGCAUAUGGAAGAUGGCUUUAAGGGGUUCCAUAGCCAGUGAUGAGGGUACAUGCAAGAAAGAGGAAAUAAGUCUGGCAUCUUACAUUGAAGGUCCUGUACUCGUAACUGGCUCAUCCUCUUAUCAGAUAUCAUUAGAAUCUCUUCUAAUUGGACAUGAGGAUUGGGUGUACUCAGUAGAGUGGCAACCCCCUUCAACUGAAUCUGCCGAAGGGACUACCUAUCAUCAACCUCAAAGCAUUUUAUCUGCUUCAAUGGACAAGACCAUGAUGAUAUGGCAACCUGAAAGGAAAACUGGUAUCUGGAUGAAUGUGGUCACUGUUGGGGAGUUGAGUCAUUCUGCUCUAGGGUUUUACGGGGGUCACUGGAGCUCAGAUGGAAAAGCAAUUUUAGCACAUGGAUAUGGUGGAGCUUUCCAUAUGUGGAAAAAUGUUGGUGUCAACAUGGAUAAUUGGCAACCAGAAAAGGUUCCAUCUGGGCACUUUGCUGGAGUGACAGACAUUGCUUGGGCCAUGUCUAGUGAAUACAUAUUAUCAGUUAGUCAUGACCAGACAACUCGUAUUUUUGCCCCAUGGAAAAAUGAAGCUUCGUCUCCAAAUAGGGAGUCCUGGCAUGAAAUUGCUCGCCCUCAAAUUCAUGGUCAUGACAUUAACUGUGUCUCCAUCAUCCAAGGAAAGGGGAACCAUCGAUUUGUUAGUGGGGCAGAUGAGAAAGUUUCUAGAGUUUUUGAAGCUCCUUUAUCUUUUUUGAAGACAUUGAAUCAUGCCACUUCUCAUAGGUCUACUUCUCCUGAAGACCUCCAAGUAGAUGUUCAGAUUUUGGGUGCGAAUAUGUCUGCUCUUGGUCUGUCACAAAAACCUAUUUACGUGCGGUCUCUGCAUGAGACUCUAGACAGAAAUAUGAGCGGUGGUCUUGACACCCUUGAAAGCAUUCCUGAUGCAGUUCCAGUUGUAUUGACGGAACCUCCCAUUGAAGAUCAACUGGCAUACAAUACUCUAUGGCCAGAGUCUCACAAACUUUAUGGUCAUGGAAAUGAGUUGUUCUCUUUAUGCUGUGAUCAUGAGGGGAAGCUUGUGGCUUCAUCAUGCAAGGCCCAAUCAGCAUCAGUAGCAGAAAUAUGGCUAUGGCAAGUGGGUUCAUGGAAAGCAGUUGGUCGCCUGCAGUCUCAUAGCUUAACAGUGACACAGAUGGAAUUCUCUCAUGAUAACAGUAUGCUUUUGGCUGUCUCAAGAGAUCGUCAAUUCUCCAUUUUCACAAUCCAAAGAACAGGAGUGGAUGAGGUUGGUUAUCAGCUUCUAGCAAGGCAGGAGGCGCACAAAAGGAUUAUAUGGUCAUGUUCUUGGAAUCCAUUUGGUCAUGAAUUUGCAACUGGUUCCAGGGACAAGACAGUGAAGAUCUGGGCCGUAGAGAGAGAAUCUUCAAUAAAACAAUUGAUGACUUUGCCACAAUUCAAAAGCAGUGUCACUGCCUUGUCUUGGGUUGGUAUUGAUCGUCAAAGAAACCUCGGGUUACUAGCAGUUGGAAUGGAAGAUGGACUCAUUGAACUUUGGAGUCUUACUACCAGAAGAUCUGAGGAUGCAGGGCCAGGGGUAGCUGCUACACUUUCCAUACGGCUUGAUCCAUACAUGUGCCAUGUAUCUUCUGUGAACCGUAUGUCUUGGAGAAACCACGAAAUGAGUGAAGAUUCCACGAGUUUGCAACUAGCUUCUUGUGGAGCUGAUCAUUGUGUGAGAGUGUUCGAGGUGAUUGUCAAUUAAUCACAUAAACGAAUCUGUAUAAUCUAUAGACAAUUUUGUAAUGCAUUGAUUAAUUUGUAGCUUGUUCCAAUCUUAUGACUCAUGACAACCUCUUUUUUAGAAUCAACAUGACAAAUAUCUACUUGAGAUAUUACUUCCGUGA